AUGUCUAGUACCAGACUACUUGUUCAAAGUUUGGCCAAGCGCCAAUUCGUUAGACAUAACAGUUCCUCCACCGCAGCUUUGGCCUACAAGGCUUUACAUCGUCAUAAGAAACAACCAGGAUUACCAACUUUGGACACUCCAAAUUGGUCUGCUCAAGGUGCUGUUUCCUCUAUUUUAUAUGAAACUCCUUUGCCAUCAAAAUCCCCAAAGAAGCAACACAUCUUGAACUGUUUGGUGCAAAAUGAACCAGGUGUUUUGUCGUUGGUUUCUGGUAUUUUGGCCGCUAGAGGGUUCAACAUUGAUUCCUUAGUGGUUUGCAACACCAAUAUUAAAGACUUGUCUAGAAUGACAAUUAUAUUGAAAGGUCAAGACGCAGUCAUUGAACAAGCUAGAAAGCAAAUUGAAGAUUUGGUGCCUGUGUUUGCCGUUUUAGACUAUAGUUAUGGUCAAAUAAUCAAGAGAGAAUUGCUUUUGGCAAGAGUCAGUUUGUUGGGGCCUGAAUAUUUUGAAGAUUUGAUCAAACAACAUGAAAGCGAAUUGUCCCCAGAAUUGGAUGCUACUGCUAAAGAACAAGGCGGCAGUUUGAGUGAUUUCCAUGGUAAGUACCACCCUAAGAAUUUGUCUCCAUCUGAAUUGUUGAGAAUCAAGAAUCAAUACUUGACUGCAUUACAAACCUUAACUGCAGAAUUCGGUGGUAAAAUCGUCGAUAUUUCUUCCAAGAAUUGUAUCAUUGAGUUGAACGGUAAACCAGAAAGAAUCACCAACUUUUUGAAAUUGAUUAGACCUUUUGGUUUGUUAGAAGUCGCUAGAUCUGGUGUCAUGGCCUUGCCAAGAACUCCUUUGGAUGACAUCGAAGGUCUUGAAGAAGAUGAUGUGAGUGAUACCCCUGAAAUUGACGUUAGCAACUUGCCACCAGGUUGA